UCGUCGCUCGCUGCUUCGUGUGCAUUGCUGUAUAAAAAGAGAACGUCAAUCCCUCAAGACAUCGAAACGCCUGCUACAUAUGAACGCUAUUUUCUGAAUAUCUUUUUGUAUGUUGGAUCGUUUGUCUUGGGGCGAAAAAAAUGAAGUAUUGGAAUCUCGUUUUCGCCGUUUGCGGAAUUUCGGCGAUUGUCGAAGCCACCACUGAUCGACCAGGAAAAUCGGUAAUACUGAAAAAUUGUCAUUGCACUUGCUACGAUGAAGAUGCUCCUCAUCCAGAUAUUUGUGACGCAACUACGAAGAAUAUAAGCAACGCCUACGUCGACUCGGAGAUAACGUUCGUAACUCGCGCGGAAUGGGGUGCAAGACCACCAACAAAGAUGCUACUGGAUUUGGAAACAGUACCGGCGCCCUACGUGGUGAUCAGUCACACCGCGACAAAAAGCUGUUACUCCAAGUCUCAAUGUUUGCCGCACAUUCGCUCAAUUCAGGCAUUCCACAUCGAGUCUCACGGGUGGCUUGAUAUCGGCUACAACUUCUUGAUCGGUGGUGAUGGCUUCGUCUACAUUGGUCGCGGUUGGGACAAACAAGGCGCUUACACGCACAAGUAUCAUCAGAACAGUAUUGAAAUUUCGUUCAUAGGUACUUUCCGCGAGGAGAGACCAACGCAAGUUCAACUUGACACUGCCCGCAAGUUAAUGCAGAUCGGUGUUAGGGAGAACAAGUUGGCUAGGGAUUACAAGUUGCUCGAGCAUAAACAGGUGGGAUUACCUCAUACCCAGAGGCCUGGCGAUUUGUUGUACGAUAUUAUCAAAACUUGGGAACAUUGGGAUCCCAAUCAUUAGAAAAUAAGGCCUCGUAAAAAACACUUUUUCUUGUUUGUAAUUUAUGACACAAAUGCUAGUUGUUCGAUAUUACUAUUCCAAACGCUCUUGCAAAGAAUUCUAGCAACCACUGUACCUAGAAACAUUUUCUAGUAUAUGUUUCUUAUAAUAUCAUGUAAUUGUGAUUUGUAAUUGCCAUUUUCAUAAAAACUUUUCAAAAUUUUGUAAAAUACUGAUGUAUUUCUCGCUAAACAAGAUAAAUAAAAUUUUAUUUCCUUGCAGACUAU